AUGGUAUGGAAACUACAAUUCAAUUUGGAAUACUUUGUUUACUGGUUGAAUGCUGUGUUAGGCUUUAAAUUCUUUCGGUUUUUGGUUUUGGAAUUAGAAUCGCUUGUGGGUAAUGUCAGGAAUGAAGUUUACUUGAACGGGGACAUAAAACGGAAAAAUAAUUCCAAAUAUUUUAUUCCAAUGUUGCCUGCCAAUGGGGAUUUUCAGUACACACUUAGAGGUCAUACAGGCCCGAUUCUGGAUCUUUCCUUUGACUUUGACGGGAAAGUGUUAAGUAUAAUAUCAAUAAGUCACAUUGAAGGUUCUUGUUCUUGUGAUAUGACUAUAAAACUAUGGGAUUUGGAGUCAAGGACAUGUGAGAGGACACUGUACGGUCACGACCACACAGUGUCCUCAGUGACAUAUUCCUCGAGAUAUAUUGUAUCAGCCUCACGAGAUGGGACUGUUAAAGUAUGGGAUGUUUCGAAUGGGUUGAUAUUGGUAAUCAUUGGUAGGUAUUGUGUUCGGUCUAUGACAGGACAUGAUGGUUGGGUGAGGAUGGCGAGGGUCAAUCGAGAGGAGAGUCUUAUUGCCAGUUGUUCUGAUGAUAAGACUGUUCGUAUUUGGCAAUUCACAUCGGGAGAGUGUCAGGUGGUGAUGUACGGACAUGAGCACUUUGUGGAAUGUGUGGCUUGGGGUAGUUCACAGGCUAAUUCGGAUGUUUGA